UAAUGCAAAAGAAAACAAAGAUAAAAUAACAACAAACAAUUCUUCCAAUUGGAAAACAAAGAGCAAACAAAAAUAGCUGCAGGCAUUUGUAUUUGCAUUUAGAACGAGCAUCAUUAGUGGAGAACUUGUUGAACACGUCGGAAUUAAAGCUGCGAAUUCAGAUUUUAUUUAAUUUUACACAACGAAAAUAUGGCACAACAAACGAUACCAUUAACUACCAAGAAGUAUUUAAUUGCUUUUGAUUUCGAUUGCACAAUAGUUGCACAGAAUACGGACACUGUAGUUCGAGAUCUGCUACCCCAGAAUCUCUUAACUUCCGAUGUGAACAAGUUAAUAGAAACAGUUGGAUGGACACAAUAUAUGCAGAAAAUAUUUCAUAUGCUGCACGAGGAAAAAGUUACGAAAUAUAAAAUUUGUGACGCAGUGCGUGCUAUACCGGAAGUGCCAGGAUUUGUGCGACUAAUAAAACGUUUGAAGCAGCAAAACAAUUUUGAUUUAAUCAUCAUAAGUGACUCUAAUAGUAUUUUUAUUGACGAAUGGCUCAAGGCACAUAAUUUAUCGGAGCACUUUCUACAAGUAUUCACUAACCCGGCAGUUUUUAAUGAACACGGCUUACUAGGCAUCAAGCCGUAUCAUCACCAAACAACCUGUCAUGUGAGUGCACCAAAUUUAUGUAAAAAGCAAGUGCUAGAACGCUUCCUCACAAAGCAAGAUCUUCACUCUAACAUACGUUAUGACAACUUAAUUUACGUAGGCGAUGGAAGUAAUGAUUUCUGUCCAAUCACUAAACUUGGCAGUACUGACAUCGCUUGCGCUCGAGAGGGCUUUGCUUUGGAAAAGAAAUUUCGAAAACACAAAGACCAGCUGAGACAUCCUCCGCUCUUGGUUAUUUGGGAAAAUGGUUUUGACUUACUUGAACAAUUGGAAAAAAUGUUGUUCCAUAAAGACGAAGCACAGUAAAAACUGCAAACAACUAUACAGUUUAAUAAGAAGUAGAUAAGAUUAUUUUGUGACCAUAUAUUUUAUAUAUACAUAUAUAGAAGAUUUUUAUUGUUACCUUGAGCAAAUGUUAAGAUGAGAUGAGUAAACAUUAUUAUAGCAAUAAGUAUUAUGUAUACAAAUCUCUGGUUAUAUAAAAUAUUAGGCAGACUGUAAUUACGAGUAUAUUCCCCAACACUGAAUGCGUCUGCUAUUUAUUUAAGAAUAUAUUUCAUGCACAUAAAAAAAUUAUAUUAAGAAUUUAUGUUUAAAUGUUU